AUGGAAGAUUUACUAAAAGUUCCAGAAAUCGUACAAAAUAUUGCUUCCUAUUUGAAUACAAAAGAUUAUUUAACUUUUCAAUCAUUAAAUAAAUCAACUCAUGAUACUCACUUAAAGGGAAAAUAUGACGAUGACUAUUGGUCAGGAAAACUAUUAUCUAUGGAGAUAAAGAGGAAUAAUAAUGAAGAGAGUAUAGAUCCGCCGAUUAAUAAUCCAAAUAAUGAAAGCAAUCUCAUAAACAAACUAUUUGAUAAUGGUUCAGCUCAAAGUUUUACACCAAUGGAUAUUUUUGAUAAAAUAACGAGUUUUACACCCAAGACAGCUAAGAGUAAAUAUGCAGUAUUUUUUAAUGUAUUUAAUAGUUAUUGUGAUAAAUUGAUUAAUAAUAAUCUUGGAAAUUUUUUUCCCAAAAAAUAUCAAUCUGAUCCCCUAUUCCAAAUCAAGAUCAUAAAUAAUAUUGAGUUAUUUAAUAACUCUAAUAAAAACGAUUAUAAUUACUACAAUAAAACUAAACAGCAACUAAAGAUCAUACGUGAUUUUUUCAUUAAUACAGUUCUGAAGGAAAUGGAAAGUUUAUAUCAAGAGAAAAACUAUAAAAAAAUUCAUAUUUUUAUUAAAGUUUUGAUUCUAUCUAAUGAAGAAACAAACGCUCUUGAAUUCUUUAAGACUCAAAAUCCUUAUGAUUUGGACGAUUUGAAGUUUAAUGAUAAAAUAUGGAAAGAUUCAACUACUGUUUUUAAAAGGUUUAAACAUCAAAAUAGUUCAAGUAUUGAUUUAGUAAAACAGUUUUCAAAAGAUAAUUCUAGAGGUUAUUCAAAUAGCAUUAAUUCUAUAAGGAGUGAAACAAAUGAGUUGGAAAUUGAUACUAUUAAGGACAUUACUAUUAAUAGUAAUACUGAUACAAUUUCACUUGGCCAAGUAAAUGAUAAUAAUGAUAGCAUUAAUAACGACAAAUUUAAAAAUAAUGAACCUCUCGGUAAUAAUGACAAUAACAACAUUAUUACCGAAGAGAUAAAAAAUCAAGGUGAUGGUAAUAAAGGUACUGAAACGGAGAGUAAGAAUAAACUUGAUGUAUCCACUUUAGAUGAGACAGAAUUUUCUAAAGAAAAUAAACACUUAGUUGCAUUAAUUGAGAAUAUGAAGAUAUUUUUAAAUGAAAAAAUUGAUAUUGUGGACACCAUAUUUUCAGAUGAAUACCCUAUACUUAUAUCAUACUGUGAAAAUUUUAUACAAUUUAUAAUUGAAUCACUUAGAUCAUGUUUAACAGAAGAUGAUAAGACCAAAAAUGACCCAUCAACAAACACUAAUAAUGAAAAAAUACCAAAGAAAUCAAGAAAUAAGUUACUCAAGAAUGAAACUGAAUCUAAACUAUUUACUAUUCCAAUUAUUUACAAUCUUUUAAAAAAUGACUUAAUUGAUAAUUUGAAAGAAUCUAUUAAUGCUGGUCCCACUUUCCAUAAAGUUUUAAAAGAAUUUAUUGAUUUAUAUAUGGAACCAUUUAUUUUAAAUUAUUUGAAAUUAGUACCAAAUUUUUAUCAAGAACAAAUCCAUAAAGAAUUAAUUAAAUUUAAUUCUGAUAUUGCUAAGAAACAAAGUGAACAAAAUAAAGAGAUUUACAACUCAUUAAAGGAUCAAUCCAUUGCUAAACAGAAUGGUUCUAAUUCCAAUUCCAAUUCCAAUGGCAAAAAUGAUUUUUUAUCCUCAUUUACAAAUAUGUUUAAAUUGCAAAAUUCUUCUACCACAGAGAAACAAAAAGAAAGACAAAAGUUACAAGUAGAUUAUAAUUUAAAUUUACUGAAUACUAAUUUACAAAAUAUCAAAUCAUUCAUUAGUCUUGACUUAAUUUAUAAAGUUAUUCAAGAGACAAAAGAUUUAAUUGAAGAAAUGUCUGCUUUCAAAGAUUUAAGGGAGGUUACACCAAUAUAUAAGGCUGAAUGCCAAGAGAUCUUUAAGAUCUUGAUAACUGAAUUAAAUAUUAAUCAUAUUAAACCAUCUUUUGAGAAAGCCAUUGGAUUAUUAGAGGAAUAUGAUACUGAUAAGAUUAAGAGUAUAGAAUUUAAAAUAGAUCAAGUAGAAACUCAAGUAGAACCUUUAGUGAAAUUUACAGAGUUAAUUAAUAUCGGUGAUAUUAUAUUACAAAUGAUUUCAAUUUUUUAUAAAAAUGAAUUGGAAAAUAAAAAAAUCAUUGAUAAGAAUCGAGAUUUUUUAAAUGAAGUGAUUCAAACCAAAAAAAAAUUCGAAACAAUGAUUGAUGAUUAUGUUGCAGAGGGAUUAACAAUUGGUAUUAAUAAAUUAUUUACUGAAAUGAAUUUUAUAUUUAGAACAGUUCAACUUCCGGACGACUAUAACAUUAGAUCAAGUAAUGAUAAUUUCGCCAUUAAUCAUGGCGAGAUACAUCCAACUAAAUGUGCUAUCAAAGUAAUUGAAUUAUUAAACAACCAUUGUUUUUUAUUAAACGGUGCUACUGAUAAAGGUACAAUUGAUGUGUAUCAGCAAGAGAUUGGAGAUCGAUUUUUCAAUGAAGUUGUGAAACAAAUCAAAAGAAAUAUCAUAUCUACAGAAGGUGCCAUUUAUUUAAUUGCAGACCUAAAUUAUUAUUAUGAAUUUAUUGCAUACAGACUAAGACAAAAAAAUAUUAUCCCAUUAUUUGCAGGCUUGAAAAACAUUGGCCAAUUAUAUAUUGUAUCUGGGAAAGAUUCUAAAGAAUUAGGACGAUUAAUUUCUGAUGUAGGCAAAUUUCAAAGUAUCUUUUCACAAGAAGAAAUUUAUGAAUUUGUUCAACGAAGAAGUGAUUGGUUAAAAGUAAAGAGAGAUGUGGAGAAAGUAAUGUAUGGUCUUGGAGUCAAGGAUUGUUGUAUUAUGUAA